UAAGUUUUAAAAUGAAUGUAAAAUGAGGUUUCCGAGCAAACAUUGAACGCAGCAACAUUAUCCACCGGAGCUGAUUCAAGACAACAAUGGACGUCAAUCAUGAAAUAAAUUUGCUGGUGGAGGAGAUUCAGCGACUCGGCAGUAAAAAUGCCGACGGUCAAACCAGCGUGACGUUUGGGGUCUUGUUUAACGACGACCGCUGUGCCAACAUCUUCGAGGCGUUGGUGGGCACCCUGAAGGCGGCCAAGAAGAAGAAGGUGGUCGCCUUCCAGGCCGAGCUGCUUCUGCAAGGCGUCCAUGAUAACGUUGAGAUCGUCCUGCUCCAAGAAUGAGGCCAAAGCGAGGACCAGACGGCUUCUGGCGACUGUGGGUCACACCGAGUCCUCCCAGAUACUGAGCUUCUUACCAGCUUGCCACUGAGCUUCUGUUUCCAGUUCUCCUCUGUCAUGUACAAGGCUCAGUAUUUGAAUUCAAACGUAAUGACCAAACAGAUUCUAUCCGAUUAGACAGUACACUCACGGACCCAGCUGGCAUCUCUGCAUAUGAUUUCAUUCGACUUCACUGUGUCAAGCAGAAUCACAAAAAAGUAACUGAGAAAAAUUGAGGCUGUUCUGGGGCUGAAAAACGGCCACAUUCAUAGUUCAGACAAAGAAAAGUUCUGUCUUUCUCAGGCGCUGCUGUUUUAUCAUCCACGGGUCUGACUUGUCUUUUGAUACACUUUUAAGACUAUAAACGCACAAAUCAGGAAUGUAGUCAUUUGUGUAAAGCAUCCAUUGGGUAUUUUUGUUAAAUUUCUGAGAAAAACAGCAGCAUAGGAUAACUAUCACAACCGAACACCUCUCUUGAUGUGUCAGCAUAAAGGAUGCAAAGAAAAAGAUUCUGGCUCGAUUUAGCAACUCAGACAAACUUCUUCACAUUUUUAAUUGGAGCACUCUGAUCUCGAUAGAUGGUUUAUGAGAGAUGGUUGUUUUUAAAGCUGCACUGGACAAAUUCUCCCUUUGUUGGCCUCAGCAGUGGGAGUUAAGACCUCAUUACCUACAAAUCAUGUAAUAUGUUGAGUUUUCACACUGAAUCUAGUGCAGCUUUAAGACAUCAGGUAGUGUGUGUCCACCAACAGUGUCACCAAAUGGCAAAUCCAUUUAUUGUUUACAUGAGCCAUUUAUACUACCUCUUGUAGACUUUGUAAAAAGGCGUUUUAAGACCAGUGCUUGUGGAAAUUUAAGAACAAUUCCUUCACAGAAACUACAAAGACAAGUGCAUUUCGAGGAAGACUUUUGCACCUUUUUGUACUCAUCGCAAUCUGUUUAAGUAGUUUUUAUUCCAUCCUUUUAUAAGUGAUCAUGGUGAAUUUUCUCUGCUAAACAAACUCCAAAACUUGCCUUUCGUAAGAGAUAGCUGAUGCGCAAAUGGCGAAUGUAUUUCUCGUGCAAUUUUUACCAGUGUAUAAUUACAGGGUGAUUGGUGCCAAAUGCAAAAGAUGAAUUUGUAAUGUUUCUCAGGACCAAAUCGACACAACCAAAAUAUUGUUUGAUGAUUGUCCUGUGGCUUAAAUUAGAUGUCUUAACUUGAGGCACAACAUGUGCAUUUAUAGUUUUAUUAGUUUGUAGUUUUUGUUUUACCACUCUUUGUUCUGUACUGUAGGUCAGAUGAUGCUUGCAGAUCAGGCGUGCCCACGUGGUUUCCCACUAUCAGCACUCUUGUGGGUAAGGGUCUAAUUUUGCUGAAAUAUGGACAAGCACUCCCAAUUCCUAUGGAGGGCCAAAGUGUUCAAAACAUUAAUCAUAAUAUAAUCAUGAUCAUGUGAAUAAAUGCAGACAAAACUAUGUAAACAAACACUGUCAAAUAAUCCAAUAUUUUUUUCCUUUAACUCAGAUCAGUAUUAUAAAAUUUUGUCUCACCCCCCUUUUUUAUAUAAAAAUAACAUUUCAGGUCAAUUUUUUUUUUAUUUAAUUCCAGCUGUUUUUAUUUUAAAAUGUCCUUCUUCUGAAGUCUCUCUUUUUUUUCAGAAUGACCUUUCUAUUCUGAAAUGCCACCGUUCAGCACAAAGAUUUUGUUAUGGUAGAUCCAGCUGUGUGAUUGGGUGUUCACUCAUUCAGACCAAAGCAACAGCCAAUCACAUACCUGUCUCUGCCCUCGUUGUCUUGAUUUACAGAAACCUUGUGAUGAGACAUGCCAGUGAGGUCACUGGGAAAAGUAGCAUUAUGAAAUAAAACACUUUGAGGUAAAAAUAGCUAAAAUAAAAUGUAAAAUAACCUGUAAUAAAAACAAAAAAAAACGAUAAACAUUUCGUAAUCAUUAGCUGUGUUUUAAAAAUGUAUUGGAUUUUUAAAAAAUGUAAUGUUUACAUUUAAUAUUUUGUCUGUAUUUAAUCAUACAAUUUGUUCUAAACUGUCUUGUUUAUUUCAUUUUGGCCGCUUUGGGUCUCCAUAGUUGGUAAGUUGCUGCAGCUAUUUAGACGUGAGAAGACAGAUUUGUCCUGGAUACACACCAGAGGGACCAACAGUUUCAACAGUUUUUCCUGAAUGUAACAUCUCCUGCUCAGCAGCUGUACAAUAUCAAGCUUUUUCUAAUUCUCAUCACAUUUUGGGCCUGUUGCCAUCCACACAUCUCGCUGUUAGCACGCCUCAUCUGCAAGUUUUACAAGACCCAUUUCACAUUCACUGCUGUUGUAUCAACCGAGCUGCAUCUUUUAGGUUCAGGUGUUUGCUGAUUGACUUGAAUUAUGUGAUUUUUUUUUUUUUUUUUGCUUUUCUAAACCACACAAGAGAACGUUCACUUGCUUUGUGAUAGUGCUCUAACUAGCGUUGGUGGUAUAGACGGAUCAAAAAUCUGUUGAAAUCAGGAAAACCAAAUGAGCUCCAUCGUAUUCUAAUUACGAAUAAAACUGAAAUGUAGCCUAGAAAAGAUGACGCAUGUGAAAUGCAAUCAUCAGAGUACAAACAAUAGGCGAAGUAGAGGUCAGGAAAGUAAUGGAAGUGGAGUAAUGGAGAGAGCAAGAGUGAGAAAGAAACAUGCUGCUUGCAUCACUUUCAUUUUGGAUUAUCCUGCUGCUGUUGCACUGGAGUGAGUUCAGUUGGCCUCCUGAGCAUGAAUGCAAACUACGAGUCAACAUUUAGCAAGAGGAGAAAAUUAUGAUCAGAGCGGUGCCAAUACCUCGAGCCAUUUCUGUGAGCUAGUGCGAUGCCUGUAUGAUGUGUUCAAGUGCGUCAUUGUUGUCUUUUGCAUUGGCAAUAACACAUUCCUAAAUGAACAGAGAUUUCUGUUGCUGUGGGAUACACUCCAAGGAAUAAAAUCUUUACACUUGAAGCCUUGAA